GGAGCAGCUUGGACGGGGGAUACCAUAGCGUCAUUCCCGGGAUGGCUUUUUUUCUUCUCCAAACAUUUAUUGACAGAGAAUUAUCGGCUGUGAAUUGACUUGACUGUUGAUGGGGAUUUACUAUAGAAUUAUGAACUCGCAGGACAAUAUACCACCAAACAUUGAGACAGAAUUUAUGUUUAAGUUGUAUCCAUUGUAUUCAUGGAAUAAUGUGGUGUCGAGCUCCAGCUUCAAUGUGGAAACCUCUUCCACUUCGCGUCUUGCAGUCGAACAAUCUUUUCUUGAAUCCGAAUCAUCAGUUCUCAAUUGGAAGGAGACGAUUCCUGAGCAGCGUUAGCAAUUACAGGAUGCCGCUCGAACGCUCUACAGACCCUCUGGUCUGGAUAGACUGCGAGGUCAGACAUCUGCCCAACAUCUCUUUAGGACUGCCUCCUACUGACUGACAUCAUAGAUGACCGGCCUCAACCCCGAAAGAGACACCAUCCUCCAGAUCUGCUGCUACAUAACCGACGCCAACCUCAACCUCCUCGACCCGGAAGGCUUUGAAACCAUCAUCUACCACGACCGCUCCGUCCUCGACUCCAUGUCGCCGUGGUGCGUCGACACCCACGGUCGCACGGGGCUCACCGCCGCCCGAUACGUGCCUCGUCCGCGCACGGCGCUGCUGGCGGGGAACAGCGUGCACGCCGACAAGAUGUUCCUCGCGAAGGAACCGUAUAAGGCUGUGCUGGAGUGGCUGCAUUAUCGGAUUCUGGAUGUGAGUGCGUUCAAGGAGGCGGCGAGGCGGGAGGUGCCGCCCAAGAAGGAGGUGCAUCUGGCCAGGGAGGAUAUCUUGGAGAGUAUCGAGGAGAUGAGGUUCUAUAAGGAGAGGUUGUUUAGGGAGUAGCUAUUAUUAGAAUGGUACUAUUAGAUGGUUGUCUAGCUAUCGAGUCCAUCCUCCGUACUGGUUCUGUGCUAUGACCCGCUGGCCGGAC